GCGUUCUUGUACCGAGGGGAGGGGAGGGCGAAAGAAACGAUCGUGGGGUCUCCAACGAUGCACGCAAAGCGUGACGGGGAUCCGCCCACGACCUGGCCUACGCGACCGCGGCGGUCACGAUGUUCGUGCGUCGCACGCGACGCUCGGUUGGCAUGAUUGGCAGCAGGAAAGGUGCCAGAGCAGCAGCAGCGUCUUCGUCGUCCGUGUGUGCGUGACCGACAGCCAACAGUGUGCUGCAGCUGCAGCAGCUCGCUCGCUCUCUCUCUCACUCGAUCUCACGAACGAGCGAGCGAGAGCUUCUCUGUCGGAGUAUAUGUCCUCGACUCGGGGAUUAUUUGCAGUAGUUGUUGAAGUCCGAAGUCAGUGACGCAAGGCAGGCAGGCAGGCAGACGCGUCUCUCUCAGCUUCCUCGUUCCCCACGGACACAGAGAGGGCAAUUGCGAGAGCAGAGGAGAGAGAUCGUCGUAGGGUUGCUGAGCAUCGAGGGAAGAUCGGCUGAGUCGGUGAGUGCUCGAGCAGGGCAGGAAUUUGCCAACAUGGGUGUCAAGAUAUGUUGCAUUGGUGCGGGAUACGUCGGCGGGCCGACUAUGGCCAUGAUCGCGCUCAAGUGUCCCGACAUUGAGGUCAAUGUGGUGGACAUUUCCAAGCCCAGGAUUGCGGCGUGGAACAGCGAUGAGCUCCCCAUCUACGAGCCCGGUUUGGAUGAGGUCGUCAAGCAGUGCAGGGGGAAGAAUUUGUUUUUCAGCACCGAGGUGGAGAGAUUGGUGGCUGAGGCUGACAUUGUUUUCGUGUCCGUCAACACGCCCACUAAGACCAGCGGGCUCGGAGCUGGCAAGGCCGCAGAUCUGACCUACUGGGAGAGCGCAGCGCGUAUGAUCGCCGACGUCUCCAAGUCCGACAAGAUCGUGGUCGAGAAAUCCACCGUGCCGGUGAAGACCGCGGAGGCAAUUGAGAAGAUUCUGACGCACAACAACAAGGGGAUCAACUUCCAGAUCCUGUCGAACCCGGAGUUUCUGGCCGAGGGAACCGCCAUCGAGGAUCUGCAGAAGCCCGACCGCGUCUUGAUCGGAGGCCGCGAGACCCCCGAGGGCCAGAAGGCCGUGGCCGCCCUCAAGGCCGUGUACGCGCACUGGGUGCCGGAGGAGAACAUCCUGACCACGAACCUGUGGUCGGCCGAGCUGUCGAAGCUGGCCGCCAACGCCUUCUUGGCGCAGAGGAUCUCGUCCAUCAAUGCCAUGUCCGCCCUGUGCGAGGCCACCGGGGCCGAUGUGUCGGAGGUGGCUUACGCCGUGGGCAAGGACUCGAGAAUUGGGCCCAAGUUUCUGAACGCCAGUGUCGGAUUCGGAGGAUCUUGCUUCCAGAAGGACAUUCUGAACCUGGUGUACAUCUGCGAGUGCAACGGGCUCAUGGAGGUGGCCAAUUACUGGAAGCAGGUGGUGCAGAUCAACGACUACCAGAAGACUCGCUUCGUCAGGCGCGUCGUGUCGUCCAUGUUCAACACCGUGUCCGGAAAGAAGGUGGCCAUCCUCGGAUUCGCAUUCAAGAAAGACACGGGCGACACCAGAGAAACCCCCGCCAUCGAUGUGUGCCACGGCCUUCUUGGAGACAAGGCCCUUCUUAGCAUCUACGACCCGCAGGUGACAGAGGACCAGAUCAAGCGAGAUCUGUCCAUGAACAAGUUCGACUGGGACCAUCCCCAGCACCUGCAGCUCCAGAACCCUACGUCCCUGACCCAGCAAGUGAGCGUCGUGGUGGACGCGUACGAAGCCACCAAGGGAGCCCACGGUAUUUGUGUUAUCACGGAGUGGGACGAGUUCAAGAAUCUGGACUACCAAAAGAUCUACGACAACAUGGUGAAGCCCGCCUUCAUCUUCGACGGUCGCAAUGUGUUGAACAUGGAGGAGCUCCGCAAGAUUGGGUUUAUCACCUACUCGAUCGGCAAGCCUUUGGACCCGUGGGUCAAGGAUUUGCCUGCAGCUGCCAACUAGAGAUGGCGGGGCGAAUCUAGUGCCGAACAAGCACCACGACGAGUGUUUUGUAUAGAUUUAGACGCGAUCAGAGGACGGACGACAUUAUUCUUUUCACCAUAAGAUUCAACGGUCGAACUACGGAGUUAGUUGCCCCAUUGUCGGCUCCUGUGAGCGAUUUUGGAGCGUUUGCAGGAAGAAUGUGGGUGUUUGAUGAGUAGUCUUCACGGAGUAGACUAGCUGUAAGCUGGGCAUCUUCACAUUAGUUGUGGUCCGGGAUGGAUGAAGGAUUUUUCUUAGGGAUCACUGACUAAUGGGUCAAAUAUUUCCUGGGAGGCGGCGAUUGACAAUAGUUGGGAUAUAUCUAGCUCGUUGCUCACAUCUCUGUUAACCCCCUGACAGAUCCCGGCUCCAUGCACAUGAGUCUGCGAGGGCUGUUUUGUUAGCGGCCCCAGUAGGAUCUGUUUGCCGUUGAAUUAGACAGAAUCACACAUGUAAGUGAUGUGUCGAGCAUUGCUGUCAUUUGGCAUUCUAGACUAGGUUUCACCUUCAGCCAAAUUGGCCCCGAGUUUCUUCGCAAGGACCUGGGGUCGGCUUGGAUCUGCCAAUCAUUCAUUGACUUCAAUUAAUCCUCGUCGGAGGACAUUCUUUCAC